AUGGUCUCAUCGACGAGGGUGGUAUUCUCUCGUCGUGGCAAAGCAACGAAUGCUGCAAAUGCCAUGGUGUUGAGUGCAGCAACACCACGGGCGGGCCAUGUCACCACUCUCCAUCUUAAUAAUGCUGAUUAUGAUGUUGCGUUGCAAGGCGAGGUUCGUUCUUCGUUGAAUGAGUUGCAUCAUUUAAAUUAUCUUGACCUGAGUGGGAAUGAUUUUGGAGAUGCAAAAGUGAGUUGCAUGGAGAGGGAGAGAGAAGCUCUUCUAAGCUUCAAGAAUGGCCUCAUUGAUGACCAUGGCCAUCUCUCGUCAUGGCAAAGCGAUGAAUGCUGCGAAUGGUAUGGUGUUGAGUGCAACAACACUACUCGCCAUGUCAUCACCCUCCGUGUUAAUGGCGUGAAAUUAAGAGGUAAGAUUGGUUCUUCAUUGCUUGAGUUGCAUCAUCUGGAUUAUCUUGACCUCAGUCGGAAUGAUUUUGGAGGCAUUCCAAUCCCGGAACUCAUUGUUUCCAUGAAACAGUUGCAACACUUGUAUCUAGGGAGUUCUAACUUUUCUGGGAUUGUUCCUAUUCAGAUAGGGAACCUUACCAACCUGCGCUCACUUGAUCUCUCGUAUAACUCUUUGAAAACUGAGAAUCUUGAUUGGCUUUUAAGUUCCAUUCCAAUUAGGGUUGGCCAACUCUCCAAGCUUCAACUUCUAGAUCUUUCUCAUAAUUCUUUGGAAGGUUUAGUCUCUGAAUCCCACUUCGUCAAGCAUGAUAAGUUAAACACACUCGACUUAUCCUUCAAUUCAUUGAUCUUCGAUAUUCCCCUCGAUUGGAGCCCUCCUUUCCAGUUGAAAACACUAUGCUUAGCCAGUGGUGCCAAUAUAGCAGAUGAAGCCCCAGAGUGGUUUUGGAAUUCGUCUUCUUUAAUACAGAACUUAUAUCUCUACGACAAUCAAAUAAGGGGUACAGUUCCGAAUCUAUCGUCCACCUCCAUCGAGUUCAUGGAUCUUAGUGUCAAUCAGUUUUCAGAACCAACUCUCUGGCAAAAUACCUACAAGUUUGGCAGAAAUAUACACUCUCUUGGUGUUCUUGAUUUGUCAAACAACAAUUUGCUUGGAAAAAUCCCAACAAGCACUCAACUUCACAGCUUUGAUGCAUCAUCUUAUGCUGGGAAUGAUGGACUCUGUGGUGACCCUCUGCCAAAGUGCCUCGACGAUAGGUUGAGGCCAUCCACCAUAAAUCCGGGGGUAAACAUGAAUGAGAGAGACAGCAACAACUUCUCAUUUAUGGAAGAAGUUGGUAUAUCAAUGGGCUUUGGUUUUAUCUUUGGAUUUUGGGGAGUUGUUGGUUCAAUCAUAUUGAAGAAAUCAUGGAGAAUUGCAUUCUUCAAUUUGUUUGAUGAUUGUUGUGUUUGUAUCCAAAUGGAGACGAAGCUAAAGUAA